AUGAGCACAACAACGAUCAAACUACAAGAUUUGGAUAUAGAUCAGUUGGCGACCUUUAAGAAAGAGACAGAAACCGAAUUACAAAACUUCACGUAUUCAUUAUCGGCUCUUAACACUGCAGUGGCGAAAUUCAAGUCGAACAUCACCAAUAUUGACGAGAUAAGUCUGUCGAAAGACCAACAAAGGGAGCUUUUGGUGCCAUUGACCGCAAGUUUGUACGUUCCAGGAAAGACCGUGAACAAUCAGAAAUUCCUUUGUGAUGUUGGGACUGGUUACUUCAUUGAGAAAGAAGCAGGAGAUGCCAAAGUUUUCUACGAAAAGAAGGUGAAGAAGUUGAAUGAGGAUAGCAAUAAGUUGAACGAAAUCAUCAAAAAUAAGAGUGAUAUGUUGAAUAGCAUAGAAACAGUGUUGCAAAAGAAAGUCAUCGAGGCCCGUGCUCAGAUGGCCAAUAAAUGA